CUCAAGAACGACUCUUGUUCGCCCCACCUUCUUUCCCUUUCUCUCCAAAGUGAAAACCCUUCUACCGAACCAUGUCGUCUUCGUCGUUCACCGGUCCUGCUGGAUGAUUCCUUGCAUUGAUGCUUGUUAAUGGCGGAUUUAUGGUUUCUCCAUCCCUUCUUCCCCACCGAUCUCUCAAUUUCUUAGAUUUUCUACAAGCUGUAACAUUUAGUGAUCCAAGAGUUGGUCGCUGAUGAGGUGCUCUAUUUGCUCUAGAUUUAUGGUUUCAGUUCAUUUCAUGCAAUGACAACUUCUCAGAAUGUUGAGGUGGAAGCUGCCAAGUUUUUGCACAAGCUUAUUCAAGAAUCAAAGGACGAGCCUGCCAAACUCGCAACUAAACUCUAUGUGAUUUGCCAACAUAUGAAAUUAAGUGGGAAGGAGCAGUCACUACCAUACCAAGUGAUAUCUAGGGCCAUGGAAACUGUUAUAGGGCAGCAUGGUCUUGAUAUUAAUGCUCUGAAGGCAUCUCGGGUUUCAUUACCUAGUGGAUCUCAGAUGAUGGAUACCGAUAAACAAUUCUCUUCUGGUGGAAUUGACAUGGCUAGUAAAGGUGUGGCUUUGAACACAUGGCAUUCUGCAUCAAGUAGUCAAGCAAAGGAAGAAGUUUAUGGGAAUGCUUUCCAGAACUAUGGGGUCCCAAAAGAUUCCAAAGUUUUAGAUAUGGCCAGGCAUGAGGGGCUUCUCUCGAAUAGGACAACUGCAGGUUUGCGUAGGGUGGAUAGUAUGGGAACUGAUGUGCAUCAAGUAUCUGUGUCUCAGAAGAGUACACAAUCAUAUGAGCAUGAAAGCCCAGCAAGUGUCCCAAUGGAAGAAUCCAGAUCUGCAAAUUCACAGGAAGGACAUGAUACUGAAAGAUCUGAUAAACAACUGGGAACUAAGGAUCCUAAGAAAACUGGUGGUAAGAGAAAAAGAACAGAUCCUAAAGCUGUGUCUGAUGUUCAAUAUGACAAUCCUCGGUCAUCAGAUUCUCCCAGUUCUGCAUUUAACUCGAGGAAGGGAAGGCAGAUGAGUAAAAGUGGUCUUCAAGGACAAUAUAUGGCUUCUGCCUCCAACCAAGAAGGUGGCAACACUUUUUCUGAAAGAAAUUUGGACAAGACCAAAAAUUCUAAUUCCUUUCCAGUCACACCAAAAUCAAAAACUUCUGAGGAAGGUGAAUUGUGUUCGAGUCAUAUUGCUUUUGCAUCACAAAGGGGUGGCUUACUUCCUUCUAGAUCCAAUAGUAUGAAUUCCACCAAUGUCUGGAAUCAGAAUAAGUUUACUCCAGCUUCAGAAAAUGCCAAAGGUUCCCUUCCUGGUUUUGCAGAAGCUUCUCCUGGUAUUUCUGGUGAAAAUAAAUAUUCUGGGAAUGAAGCAAAACAUAGCACACACUGGGCAGAAAAUAAUAACCCACAGAGUACCAAUUUAGCUGCCAACUAUAAACUUGGUACUAUGAAGAUGAAUGACAGAACACCGGGUGCUUUUAGUUCAUAUACAAUGGCUAGGCCGGGAUGUGCUCCACAAGCAUAUUUUAAUAGUUUGUCAUCAGAGAGUCAGGCUCAUGGUCUGCCUUCCAAAUUGAACAAAGAAAGGAUUUUUGAAACUUCUCUAAAUUCUCAGGCGUUGGAUAAGGGCAAAGAUGCAAUAGGUAUGCCUCUAAGCAUGCAGUUUAUGUCUCCUAAAGCUUUGGCUGAGUCUGACUGUGGGAAAUUUGGUUUUGCAAAUGCUGCUGCAUUUUCUGAUAAAGUCCUGGAAGGUCGCAUGGGUUCAGCCUCUCAUGUGGCAGAUACUUCACCGGCUUAUCUUUCUUCUGGAAAGACCAGUGAAACUCAUGAAAGGGAGAACAAGGAUGCUCUUAGAAGGCCAAGUGGUAAUGAUAAUGGAACUGGAGUUUUGCCCCAGGCUUUUGCUCCUUCAAAUAUGCCAUUUAAGGAACACCACCUGAAGCAGCUCAGAGCGCAAUGCCUUGUAUUUCUAGCAUUCAGAAAUAAUUUGAUUCCCAGGAGAUUACAUCUUGAAAUUGCUCUUGGGGGAUCCUUUCCUAAAGAAGAUAGAGGCGCAGAUGCAUCUUCGAAGGAACCUAUUAACAGCCAUGAUGGUUCUGGCCUGUUGGUUAAACCAAACGAUAAUGCAAGAGCACAACCUGGCUCCUCGUCUGGUGGUAUGGAGACAGACUCUUCAUCGAAGGAGACGGAGAACUCAAAGAAGAAGAUUAGAAGAAGCCCAAAUUCAGAUAGUUUCCUGCUACCUGAAGAAAACAGACAAUUUUCAGCUUUAAAACAGAACUCAUUUUCACAAAUACAUACUCAGGAAAUUGCAGAAUCAUGUGCUGUCUCAGCCACGCCACAGGAGGCUGACACUCUAACCCAUGUUGCGAGAGGGACCUUGGAUAGCCAUCAGCGAAGAGAAGGCUCAGGGCAUACUAUAUUACAAGCUUCAUGGAUGAAUCAGGUCUACUCUCCCUGUUCAGGCUCUAGCAAGCUACUCAAGCCUGAGAAUUCUAAUUCAAUGAACAAAACUUACGUUGACCCUUCGAAGGAACUAGAAACCGCCAGGUUGCAGAGGGAGUCAGUGAUGGAAAAAGCAGAAGAACGUUUUAAUCAACCUCAACUUGCUGGUUAUAACAACCCGGAUGUCAGCAAACUUCAGGACAACUACCAAUCUUUCUUGCCCAUAAAAGAGCAGAAGCAACAAAUUUUGGGAAAAGAAGACACAAUCAAGCACAUCAUGACUAGUUCAAAGAAUGUUGAUAUGUUUUUUACACAUGUUAAUCCAGCUGACAAGAUUUCUGCAGUUCCAGAGUCUAUGGUUUCUAAUAACUUAGUCAGCACUUAUUCUGCUAGUAAUGGGGCAAACGAUCGUAGGGUUUCUGCUAUUCAAAACCAUGAUAUAGAAAAGCAGUCAGGCUCAAAUGAAUUUAAAACCAUGGAUGCCAAAGAUCCACUCAAAUUAUCAGAUUAUUCUAUAGUAGCUGUUGAACAAGAAGACGAUAAUGAACCAGAAAACAUGCCCUUAUCGCCUCCAAAAUACACGACCUCAGAAAAGUGGAUUUUGGAUCGGCAAAAUAGGAGACAUCUUGAAGAGCAAAGAUGGGAGUUAAAGCAAAGGAAAGCAGAGAAAAGAAUAGCAGUGCGCUUCGAAAAGCUUAAGGAUAAGGUGAGUUCAUCGGAAGAUAUUUCUGCGAAAACUAGAAGUGUUAUUGAACUCAAGAAGCUUCAACUUCUUCAACUCCAACGACGUUUGCGCAGUGAAUUUCUGAAUGAUUUUUUCAAGCCUAUUACUUCUGAUAUGGAUCGAUUGAAAUCAACUAAGAAGCAUAGACAUGGAAGGCGGACGAAGCAACUUGAAAAGUUUGAACAAAAGAUGAAGGAAGAGAGGCAGAAGAGGAUACGCGAGAGGCAGAAGGAAUUCUUUAGUGAAAUAGAAUCUCACAAGGAGAAACUGGAGGAUUGCUUCAAAGCUAAGAGAGAACGAUGGAAAGGUUUUAAUAAAUAUGUGAAAGAAUUUCAUAAAAGAAAAGAACGAAUCCAUCGUGAAAAGAUUGACAGGAUUCAACGUGAAAAGAUUAACUUGCUAAAGAACAAUGAUGUCGAAGGUUACUUGAGAAUGGUUCAGGAUGCUAAGUCGGACCGUGUUAAGCAGCUCCUUAAGGAGACUGAGAAAUACCUUCAGAAAUUGAGCUCAAAAUUGCAGGAUGCAAAGGCCAUUGUGAGGCGGUUUGAGAUGGGAGUGGAUGAUGGCCGAGCUGUAAAUAUUGUUGAAAAGAAUGAGGUUGUAAAUGACAAUGAAGAUGAAAGUGACCAGGCUCAGCAUUAUCUGGAAAGCAAUGAAAAAUACUAUAUGAUGGCCCACAGUGUCAAGGAGACCAUAAAUGACCAACCAACUUUACUUCAAGGUGGAAAAUUGCGGGAGUACCAGAUGAAUGGUUUGCGCUGGCUGGUUUCACUUUACAACAAUCAUUUGAAUGGGAUACUUGCGGAUGAAAUGGGUCUUGGCAAAACGGUUCAGGUUAUUGCUCUGUUAUGCUAUCUAAUGGAAACAAAAAAUGAUAGGGGCCCAUUUCUUGUGGUGGUCCCAUCCUCUGUCCUACCAGGAUGGGAAACUGAAAUUAACUUCUGGGCACCUGGUAUAAGCAAAAUAGCAUAUGCUGGUCCACCGGAGGAGAGACGGAGACUGUUUAAAGAACGAAUAGUUCACCAGAAAUUCAAUGUUCUCCUUACAACAUACGAGUACUUGAUGAACAAGCAUGACAGACCGAAACUUAGCAAGAUUCAUUGGCGUUAUAUUAUCAUUGAUGAAGGUCAUCGAAUAAAAAAUGCAUCAUGUAAACUAAAUGCAGACUUGAAGCAUUACCAUAGUUCCCACCGUCUGCUGUUAACUGGAACACCUCUACAGAACAAUCUUGAGGAACUAUGGGCACUUCUUAAUUUCUUAUUGCCUAAUAUUUUUAAUUCAUCAGAAGAUUUCUCGCAAUGGUUUAACAAGCCAUUCGAGAGUAAUGGAGAUAAUUCACCUGAUGAAGCUUUACUAACUGAGGAGGAAAAUCUUUUGAUCAUAAACCGUCUCCACCAAGUUCUUCGACCUUUUGUCCUUCGAAGAUUGAAACAUAAGGUUGAAAAUGAGCUGCCUGAAAAAAUUGAAAGACUAGUACGAUGUGAGGCUUCUGCUUAUCAAAAACUUCUGAUGAAAAGAGUGGAAGAGAAUCUUGGAUGUAUUGGAAACUCAAAGGGUCGAUCUAUACACAACACUGUGAUGGAGUUGCGCAACAUAUGCAAUCACCCAUAUCUCAGCCAGCUUCAUGCUGAGGAGGUUGACAAUCUGAUACCUAAACACUACCUACCUCCAAUUGUGAGAUUGUGUGGGAAGUUAGAGAUGUUGGAUCGAUUACUUCCCAAGCUCAAAGCAACUGAUCAUCGGGUUCUCUUGUUCUCCACAAUGACCAGAUUACUUGAUGUUUUGGAAGAAUACCUUUCGUGGAAACGAUAUAGGUAUCUCCGUUUGGAUGGACACACUUCAGGAAAUGAUCGUGGUGCCCUUAUUGACGAUUUUAAUCGUCCAGGCUCAGAAGCUUUUAUAUUUCUACUGAGCAUUCGAGCAGGUGGUGUUGGAGUAAAUCUUCAAGCUGCUGAUACUGUCAUAAUAUUUGAUACAGAUUGGAACCCGCAGGUAGACCUUCAAGCACAAGCAAGGGCCCAUAGGAUUGGUCAAAAGAAGGAUGUGCUAGUUCUGCGCCUGGAAACGGUUCGCACUGUAGAGGAGCAAGUUAGAGCUGCAGCUGAGCAUAAAUUGGGUGUUGCUAAUCAGAGCAUAACAGCAGGUUUUUUUGAUAAUCACACAAGUGCUGAAGAUCGAAGGGAGUAUUUGGAAGCGCUUCUUAGGGAAUCUAAGAAAGAAGAAGCUGCACCUGUUUUAGAUGAUGACUCUCUCAAUGACCUCUUAGCCCGCAGUGAAUCUGAGAUUGAUGUUUUUGAAUCUGUUGACAAGCAAAGGCGUGACGAUGAGAUGGCCACAUGGCAGAGAAUUAUCCAAGGGACAAAGGAUAUAUCUGAAUCCUUACCCAUGCCUUCUCGUCUUGUGACUGAGGAAGACUUGAAGGCAUUUUAUAAAGCAAUGAUGCUUUACGAACCACCUCAUGUAGGUGCUCAAGUAGGCGCUCAAGUGGGUGUAAAACGGAAAAAUGAACUUGGUGGCCUUGAUACACAACACUACGGAAGGGGUAAACGGGCUCGUGAGGUUCGGUCCUAUGAAGAUCAAUGGACAGAAGAAGAAUUUGAAAAGCUUUGUCAAGUUGACUCCCCUGAAUCAUCUCAAUCAGUAGAAGUGGUGAAGGAAUCCCAACCAGUAGAAGUGGUGAAGGAACUAAAUACAACAGUUGAUCCAGUGGCGCCUAAAUUGGGAGACCCAGAACUUAUGAUGCCUUCAGGAAAAGAUCCAAUUGGUCCAUCUAAAGAACAAUUACAGCCAAGUAAAUAUCCUACACCGGCAAAGCGUGGAAGGGGUAGACCGAAGAGGGCAACAAUAGAUGCUUCACACCUUCCUGCAAAUCCCACUGCAACAUAUGAUACUACCAACAAACCUGAAAUGAUACCUGAGAAUAAAGCCUCUUUUGCCUCAACAAGCAUCUCUGGUGAUCCAGUUCCUACCGAGGUUGCAGUAGCAGCCAGUGCACCUCCCCCUCCACAUGGCCCAACUAUUAUUCGUCAGACCAAAGGGAGGAAGAAAGCUCAAACCGGAGAAACAUCUAGAGGAAGACCCAGGAGACAGAGUGCAUUGACAUCUGCUGGCACAGAGGUACAUAUGAUUUCGGGACUCCUGCAAGGAACACAUGGAAUGCCAAAUAAGCCCACAAGUUCUCUUACACAAGAAAAGGCAAGGGUUGAAAGAAGUUCUGAAAUACCUAACACACUUCCCAUUGCUGAUGAGGCCAACACCAUUUUAGGGUUGCAGAAACCUGCUGGCCUGGCUGUUAAUGCACCCAUUUCAUUGGAGUCAUCUGAUAAAGUCACGAGUGCUCUGCCUGCCAUGGAUAAAAGCUGUAGUGGAAGGGAACUUGGUUCUGAGAGCAAAACACUUUCAACUAGUAGUAAGCAGCUGACCAGUACAACUACUUGCUCUUCAAAAUUAAAAACUGAUGAUUUCAGUGCCAAAACUGAAGUAACUCUGGCUAGUCCUUGUCAAAUAUCUGGGACAUCUCCACCUGCAGGGCCUGUUCUUGCUGAAGAUAUUGAAGGAAGAACUGGGGCAACAAGAUCUGCAAGUACUCUAAUUAGUGAUAAGCAAAAUCUGUCUGACCACAACAAUGGGAGCCUUGCGACAACAUUGCUUGAUGUUGAUUGUACAUCUUGUGCCAAGCAGAGUUAUGGCGCUAAAGAAGACAACAGUGUAAUGGCGGCUCAGGGAAUGCUGCCAAAUAUAGAUGCUCAAUCAUGUGAGAAGCAGAAACAAAUUAGAAAAGUAGUUGAUCCUUCUGUUACAAAUGUGACUAUUCUUCCGAAGUGUGAUGCAUUCAACGCAAGCCCCAUCAAUUUACAAGGUGAUGCAAUACAUGGAAUUCAAAGUGCCAAAUUAGUUGAAAUAUUGGCAUCUCCCGGCCCCCCAUCACAAAUGCCACAUUCUCUUGGAAAAGACUAUGUUGCUACGGCAGCUGUAGUGAGAAAGGCUCCUGAAAAUAAUACUUCCGUUAGGGGGAAAAAAGCUGCUGCUCGUGAACCUAGAAAUCGUGGAAGUUCUGCAACAGCCACUUUAGAACGUCGUGCUCGUAUCGCAGGGCAGAAGCAGGCAGAAGGACGGAAGAAAGUUGAUAAAAGUGGAACCAUUGUUAGUUCUUCAACAGCAUUGAAGCAACAAGAGACUGGCAUCGGAAAGUCCCUGCCUAAUUUAGAAGACAAGUCCACGGUUUCUAGUUCUCCAUCUUUGGAAACUGGCACACUGCGAAGUAACAUUCCUUUUGACAAAGCUGAGCACCUGCCUUCCACAGAUAAGACAUCACGACUGGGUUCCAAACCCAAGAUUCUUGAUGCACAAGACCAGGAAACGUCUUUGGUGAAAAGUGAUGGGUUUUCACUCUCCAUGAAGAAAGCUAUUACAAAACCAGAUGUUUCUGCUCUCCCGCCUAUUGUUGGAGUAAAGGGGAAAGCUGGGUUUGAUGAGGGUCCAUCAGAUCUUGUUUCUGAAUCCCUGCAUCUUAAAGAUCCAUUGCAGAGUAAAGAAGACAAUUUGGUUGCACAGGGUUGUGGGGAAGAUGACUGUUCUAUUCCACCUGGCUUUGAGGCAGUGGAUGCUCAUGAAAGGGCACUUUCUCUUGAAAAGGGAGAAGUAGGGCCAGGACAUUCUUGUGCAAACGAUCUUGGGAGAGGUGAUCCAGUUCUUGUGACAUCUGUUGAUACACCGAUGGUUUUAUCUGCCAGUCAAGAUAAUGAAUAUUCUUUUCCUUCAAUUGUUCAUACUGGCAAUGGGAGCAACCCAGCGUGUGCCACCAUGUUAUCAAAUGUUUGCCUGAAAGAAUCAUCUUCAUCUAUUAUUUGCGCAGAUGCAGGGACUGAGGUAGGUGUAGAAGCAUCCAAGGAAACUGACUCAUGUUCUGCUGCUAAUAUCUCAAGUUUUCAAUCCAUGACUGAAGAUAAAGCUGACAAAGUAGACAGCAAAAACAAUGAAGAGGAAAACAUUGCUGUGGUUAAGAUUGGCGCAGAUGCAUUAGUUCCUUCUCUGUCCGACUCACAUUAUCAUAAUUCUACUGUGUGCGCGGCAGAAAUGAAUGAAAACAACUGUACUGAAGCAGGAUAUGUUUCUUUCUGUCGCGUAACCAAGAGUGAGCUGGAUAAAGAUGGUUAUGCAACUGUAGCUGACCCCAACAAUUUUUCAGAUGCUCCAGUUUACCCUGUAUCAAUCAUAACAGAGGCUCCUAAGACUUCUCUUAAAAUAGCUAUGGAAGAAAGCAGCUCUAUUGGUGUGGCCAACUUCCAGAUUACAGCUUCAGCCAAUAGUACUGCUCAAAAUGCUGAGAACUUACACAGUAGUUCCAUUCAAGGGUCAAAUUGUUCUGAUGUUGCACCUCAAGGGGAAAUCAUUGCUCAGGUUAAUAAUAGUCUGAAAUCUCCCUCUGAUACUCUGUCUAUGAAAGGGAUGGAUGCAUCAUCACAAGAUUUGAAUCAAAGUGGCAUUGACAGCAUGGAUACAUAUGCACAAGGGAAGAAUGAUGAAUUUGUGAACUCUUCCGGUGAUACUCUCCUUAUUGAUGAGAUUGACUCCUCUGCUCGUGAAAAGAAUGAUGAGAAUGUAAACUCUUGCACUAAUACUCCAUUUGCUGGCCAAAUAAAUUCAUCUACAAUCGAAAAGAAUGAGGAAAUUUUUAAUUCUGCAACUGUCACUCCCCCUAUUGGCAAAAUGGAUUCACCUGCCCAGGAAAAGGAUGAUGAUGAUUUGAAGCCUUUCACUGGCACUUCUUUUAUGCCUGCAACUGCAAUGAGUGCCUAUAUAGGUGCUGAAGCUGAAUCUCUUGAUGUUGACAGUGCUACACCUUCAAUCUCUGACAGUGUCAUGCCUAUUACAGUUGAGAUGGGCGGUUCAGCUGCUGAACCUUCUGGUGAAGUGCACAUUUCUGAAGAAGCCCAGGCUAUUUCUGGCAGUGCUGAGCCUGUUGCAAAUGUUUUAGGAAGUUCAGAUCUUACCCCUGAAACUUCAGGUAAACUGCUAGUUUCUGGAGAUGCUCAAGAAGUUUCUGACAUUCCCGAGGGUACUACAGUCGAGGUAGGUGCUUCAGCUGCUAUUCCUGAGCCUUCAUGCCAACUUCAAAUUUCUGAAGAUGCCCAAGUUAUUUCUGAGAAUGCUGUAACUAUUUCAACUGAGUUACACAAUUUAGCUGCUGCUCCUGAAAUGUCUGGGCGAAUUCAAUUUUCUGAAGAUACUCAAGCUAUAUUUGACAGUGCUGACCCUCCUGGUGAAAAUGAGUUCAGCAAUUCAGCUUUUAUUCCUGAAACUUUAGGCCAAAUUCAAGUUUCUGGAGAUUCCAAAGGUAUUUCUGAGAAUGCUGAACCUCUCACAACUGAGGUACACAAUUCAGCUGCUGCUCCUGAAACUUUUGGGCUACUCCAAGUUUCUGAAGAUGCUCAAACCAUUUCUGACAGUGGCGACCCUUCUAUUGAAAAUGAGUUCAGCAAUUCAGCUGCUGCUCUUGAACCUUCAGAUCAACUUCAAAUUUCUGAUGAUGCUAUAGGUAUUAUUGAGUGUGCUGUACCUAUUGCAACUGAGUUACAGAAUUUAGGUGCUGUUCCUGAGACUUCUUGUCUACCCCAAGUUACUGAAGAUGCUCAAGCUAGUUCUGACAUUACUGAGCCUAUGGAAAUUGAGUUCAAUGAUUCAGCUGUUAUUCCUGAGCAUGUAGGCCAACUUCACAUUUCUGAAGAUGCCAAAGGUAUUUCUGAGAGUGCUGAACCUAUUUCAUCUGAGUUACAUGAUGCAGCUGUUUUUGAAACUUCUGACUACCUCCAUGUUUUGGGAGAUGCUAAAGCUCUUUCUGACGGUGCUGAGCAUAUGGAAAUUGAGUUGAGCAAUUCAGCUGCUGUUUCUGACGCUUCAGGCAAAGUCCAAGUUUCUGAAGAUGCUCAAGUUCUUUCUGACAGUGUGGAAGCUUCUAAAGUUGGGGUAGGCAGUUCAGCUUCUGUUUCUGAAUCAGCAGGCCAGCUUCAAGUUUCUGAAGAUGUGAAAGUUAUUUCUGAUGGUUCUGAGCUUGUUGAAAUUGAAGCAAGUAAUUUAGCUUCCGUUCCUGAACCUUCAGGUCACCUCCAAGUUUUUGAAGCUAUUUCUGACAGUGCUGAGCCUUUUCCAAUUGAGUUAGCCAAUGCUGUUCCUGAACCUUCAGGCCAGGUUCUAGCUUCUCCUGAUGCUCAAGUUGUUUCUUGCAGUGGUGAGGCAACUACAAUUGGGGUGGACAGUUUAACUCCCGCUGCUCAUCUUUCAGCCCAACUUCAAGCUUCUGAUGAUGUUCAAGUUGUUUCCGGCAGUGGUGAGGCAAUUGCAAUUGGGGUGAAGAGUUUGGCUGCUGUUCCUCAACAUUCAGCCCAACCUCAAGCCUUUGAUGAUGCUCGAGUUGUCUCUGCUAGUGGUGAGGCAAUUACAAUUGGGGUAGAUAAUUCAGCUGCUGUUCCUCAACCUUCAGCCCAACUUCAAACUUCUGGCGAUGGUCAAUCUAUUUCUGAGAAUGCUGAGCCUAUUACAUUUGAGUCGGGAAAUUCAGCUUCUGUUCCUGAAUCUUCAAGUGAAAUCCAAGUUUCUGAAGAUGUCCAAGCAAUUUCUAAAAAUGCUGAGCCUCUUAAUAGUGAAUCAGGCAGUUUAGCUUCUGUCUCUGAACCUUCGGCUGAACUCCAAGUUUCUGAAUAUGCCCGAGUUAUUUCUGAAAACGCUGAACCUUCUACAAAUGGGUCAGACAAAUUAGGCAAUUCAAGUGCUGUUCCUGAACAUACAAGCCAACUUCAAGUUUCUGAAGAUGCUCAAGUUCAUUCUGACAGUGCUGAGGCAACUGCAAUGGGAGUGGGCAGUUCAGCAGCUUUUCCUGAAACUUCAGCGCAACUUCAAGUCCCUGAAGAUGCUGAGGCGAUUUCUGACAAUUCCAAGCCUGCUGCAACUGAGUUAGGCAGUUCAUCUGGUGUUCCUGAACCUUCAGACAAAAUUCAAGUUUCUGAAAAUGCUAAAGCUAUUUCUGUUAGCGCUGAGCCCAUCACGAUGGAAUUGGGCAGUUUAGCUACUAUUUCUGAACCUUCAGGCGAGGCCCAAGUUUCUGAUGAUGCUCAAGCUAUUUCUGACAGUGCCAAGCCCAUUCCAAUUGACGCAAGUAGUUCUGCACCUAUCCCUCGAUCUUCUAACCAACUUCCAGUUUUUGAAGGUGCACAAGCUCCAGAUGUCAGCUCUGAGGAUUGCAACAAAUCACAAGAACUGGAGGUGAAGAAAGGGAGUGAGGGAUUUGCACAAGUUCCUGUCACUGAUUCUCCGAAUGCAAUCACUAGUGAAACUCCUGCCAUGGAAGGCAAUACCAAGGAAGACAUGACAGUUACAGCCAAUGAAUCAACCUUGGAAAAGGAAUGUUCAUCUGAUCCAGUUGUUCAGCAAGUGAAGGAUGAUUCAUCUGCAAAUGUCGACCCACCUCGUUCUUCAUCAGAAGAGAAAGUCUAAAUGGUUGGCACUGUAUAGAAGGUUCUGAUUACAUGAAGCGGAAAGUGUAAAUUAGUAGCGCAAACGACUGUGACUUAUAUUUACAUAAAUAUAUUAUAUAUUUUCAUUUGAUUAAAGUA